AGAUUUCGGCGCUGGGGCCCGCCAGGCUCCGCCUCUGGUUUCCCCGAAGCGCGGGGAGGGGAAUUCCGGGAGGCGGCGGGACCCGGGCGCUGCCUGAUUCGCGCUUUUCCCCCGGCGGCGGCGGAGCGACGUUCCUGCCCCUUGGUGGCCCUCGGGCGCCGCAGCCCGGCCUUUGGGUUUCGUUUGGCCGCAGCUCGGGCUCCCGGAGCCUGCCCCGCCCGCCAUGGACAACGGCGGCGUGUACGUCCCGACCACCGAGCCGCAGAGCAAGCCCCGUACCUGCGAGUGCACCUUCACCCGGCUCAGCCGGCAGCGCCUGGUGCUCAAAGCGGCGCAAGUGCUGCUUUCCUUUUUGGCCUUCAUCCUUGAAGAAAUUGUGGAGAGUUGUAUCCUGUGUGGUGGGCUUUAUUUCUUUGAGUUUAUAAGCUUCAGUGCCACCUUUCUGAGUCUCCUGAUAUUGAUUGUGUAUUGCACCUCUGCAUAUGAUAAAGUUGAGAAGGAUAGAUUAAGAACAUUGGAUUUCUGGGUCACUACAGUAGUGGGAGUUCUCUUUUUUGUAGCUUCCAUUGUGUUUGCUGCAACCAAUGACAAGUCAUCUGUUGAAACUGUUGCAAUUGUGUUUGGCUUUUUGGCAAGUAUAGGAUUUCUAGCUGAUGGUAUUCACAUGUUUAUGGAGAAACGGAGAGGGAAGGAAAAUAAAUCCGAGAACACUGGCAACACACAGAACACACCAGAAAAUCAGCCGCUGAAUAACCAAAUCUAAACUUUAAAAAAGUCCUUUGAUUUCUAUGAGUUAAAUUAAUCAAGAUGAAAAAUGUUCAUUUCCUUACUUAUUUCACUGCAUUGAGGGUAACUUUGUCUUCUCUCUCUUUUGCAUCUAGCCAGCUUUGUACAAGUCUGACCCAAUCAUAAGCUUUUAUAGACUCUUAAUUUUUUUAACAACAGUAUGUUGAGCAUCAGGGUUUGUACAAUUCUCCAUCUAACUUGUCCUGACUAAUAACUGUUAGAGGGACAUUCUAAAAGGAAGAAAUUGCCUCCAAAUAGAUUUUUUUAUUUAAACAUAAAAUAGACAUCAGUAACUGAAAGCACUGAGACUUCUGAGAAGAAUGACUGUAAUACAGGCGAACUCAUCAGGCUUAAAUUCUGAGUUAUGUUUUUAAAAUAUUUAAAUUUAUGUAAAUACAGCGGGCUAGAAUUAGAAUUCUGUUGCAUUAAUUCACACCUACCUAUGUUGGUGAUAUCUGGCUUCUUGCCUCUGAUACUAAGAAUGACUUAGUACAAUAAAAUCCCUUCCUUGUUUUAUCGGUUAAACUGAAUGUAAAAGGGAAACUAAAUUUUGCAAUCUCAUAGAGGUUUCUAUCCCCAAAUGAGUUGUUCUUUACUUUGAUUUUAUCUUGUGUGUCUUACUCCAUACUUCUAGAUUCUGUUUUGUGUCUCUGAAAGUCACUGCUCUUUUUUAAAGGCAGUUGGUAAAACACAUACAGCUAGCUUAUGUGUAUUUGAUAGUCAAGUGGUAUAUCAUAGAGUGACCUUUGCACUCCAUAUUUGUGGAAGUUUAAAGCUGUAAGUGAUGCAUUCUUUAAAAAUAUCGUUAAACCCAUUAAAGAAAGAAGAAAUUUGAAAAUUAGCCUUAAGAGGAAAGGUUAAGAGGCCAAUAUUUUCAGCCUAGAGGAAAGAAUACUGAGAGGAGACUAACUGCCUACAAACAGGUAAAGGGAUAUAUUUUUUUAAAAGAGGGAGCAGGGACCAAUUAAUCCUUUCAGUUCACGAGGGCAGACAAAAAGUAAUUAGCUUAAGCUUUGCCAGGAAAAGUUUUCAUUAAAAAUAAAAUAAUGAAACGUUGGCACCGUUGCAGUGCACAGAGGGGGAAGGGAUAGCUCAGUGGUUUGAGCAUUGGCCUGCUAAACCCAGGGUUAUGAGUUCAAUCCUUGAGGGGGCCACUUAGGGAUCUGGGGCAAAAUCAGUACUUGGCCCUGCUAGUGAAGGCAGGGGGCUGGACUCCAUGACCUUGCAAGGUCCCUUCCAGCUCUAUGAGAUAUAUGUAUAUAUAUGGAGAUAUACCUAAGAUGAAUGGUCAUGAAAGUUGAUUAUUGUUUGUCCUUGCUCCUGCAUGCAGCUCAGUUGGUGACUGGAUAAAUAAGUAAGCAAGCAGUUGUAUAAACUUCUAGACUUAAGACAGCAGCCCCUGGGAUGAAAACGGAAGCUAUUAGUGAGCAGUGGGUUAGGCACAAGCAGUGCAAGGAUGCAAAAGACCAGACAGGUUGAGUCACAUAUGCAGGGCAGUGGUGAAAACGCAUUCUUCAGAUGUUUGAAGGGUGGGAUUUUUUUGCUGGUUGGGUUCUUUUUUCUCUGUGGAAGGGGAAAAUGAGAGUCUUACACCUGCAAGGGAGGGCUAUGUAAGCAGGAUAAAUUGUAGUAAACUUCCAAGAGAAUAUGAGGCGCUCCAAGUAUAUAUUUAACAAAAAAAACAAACCCCAAAACACCAGUAUCUUAGAGGCCUCAUUAUGUAAAAGUAGUUUGUUGUCUGACUUUCCACGAUACUUGCCAUGUCUUCCAUGAUUUGAGACUAUUAACAUCACUUUCCCAAAAUGUAUUAUGUCAAAUCAACAGCCCUUUAAAUCAUUGAGGCGGCACUGAGACUAAACCCUCUAGGAACAGGUUGUCUUUUACCCUCGCCCUAUUUUGAGGACAGAGUAGUAAGGGAUUUAAAGUAUUGUAAGUGAAGUCAGAGGCUUUUUCUAAGGCUGCUACUUUCUGAUGAUCAUACAUAAUAUGGUUGUAAUGGUCUCCCUUCGUUAAAUGUGUCAGCUCCUGAAGGGUUGAACCUGUUUGUGAAGGAAAUCUGACACUAACACUACAUUUUGCUGAAGGAACGCCGUUAGGUGGUGUAGAGCAGCAAGCUUAGCCUGAAGCUUACAUUCAGAAUAAAUAUACGCUUUCUUUAGUGAAAUUUCCUCAUUUCUGAAUGAAAUGUGCUCUUCCUUAAGAUGGACAUAUUUAUUUUCUCUGUACAUCUGUACUUAAGGACCUACUGUCUCCUCACAUGUUGCCGUCACUGGUAGUUAUGUGCAUGAUAAGAGAGAUACCUUUAAGGUACCUUUACAAGCAAUACCCCUGAAAAUAUAAAACUUCCCAGUGUUGGGGAUCUCCGUCAUACUGUGUAAGUCCUUCAUUUAGAACCACUACAAUGAAUAUCAUCAAUCUUUGGCUCCAUCCUGUUUUGUUAAUUUCUCUGUGCAUGGUUUUUACUAGAUUUUUACUUGCUUUUUGCAUCAAAAGUAGCUAUAAAUCUUGAUUUUAAAAAUAAAGACCUUGCUAUAAGUAGAAAGUAGCAUUCAGUCCACCCCCUUGCUAUGUCGGGACUGUUCCCUGCAGUGUGUGUUCCUAACGUGUUGUCCAGUUUUAGUUUUAAAUGUCCCAAGCAAUGGGGCUUCCACCACUCUCCACAACAAAUGGGUGACCUCAUACAGAUUUGAGUGUCAACUUAUUUGUUUCUAAAAUAAGAGGCUGAAAAUGCCCUUUUCCAAUAGAAAGGAAUGAAAAACAUUUAUCAACUAUGUCAUGAAAAGGGAACGGAUAAUGUUUAGGAACUAGUUAGCUCUAUUUUCUAAUCUGCCAUAGGCGUUCUCUGGGAGAUGCAAGGCCCACUGCCCUCAAAAGCACACCCAGUUCUUGUCAGACUCGCAGUCUCUCUCCUGUGGCAAUAGAGUGCUACCACUAGACCAGCCUGGAAUUGGGUUCAGGUGAGUUUAUGCACAUCGUAGUGGACAUACAGAACUGGAAUUACUAACUUAAAAUGGUGUGUGCAUGUGUGGUGUUGGCAUAAGUUUUAUGACCAUGAUGUUGGUCUAAAACUCUUCAUUUUUGUUUAAAAAGACUUUGGGAUUACAACUCUUGUUUGAGUUUCUUUAAGUGAACCUAUGAAGACUGAGCAUGUAACUUUUUCAUAGAUAUUUGGAAGCAGUUUUUACAAACUACCAUAGAAACCAUAUAAAUAGAAGAGAGCUGGAUGUAAGUCCUUCAGAACCCAGCCACACUUGUACGUUGGCUGGAGUGAGAGACUUUAUUGCUGUAAAAAUAGUUUUGAAUUUUUUUCACACUCUAAAAAAUAUCCUAUUUGAUGUUUUUUUGUCACACUCAACUCUUUGCCUUUUUUUUUUUUUAAAUUAGGCUUGGUCCCAAAAGUGGAGAGGGGCAGUUUUAAGCAGGAUUAAAUGUUCCUGCAAAAAUUCUUGCUUAAUCAGUAAUAAAACCCGUGGAAGAGAGUAAUUACUAUAGGAAGCCUACCUGUGCAUUGUGUCCUAUCUCCAAGAGAGGGUCAUCAGUAGUUGUCUAUGGGAUUAUGGGCCUGCUGCCAUCAUUGUUGAGAGACUUAAACCUAUUGCAAUGGGUCCUUCCGACACCAGAAGCACCUGAUGAGUCUUUAUACCAAAUUCCGUGGUGACAAAGCUUCCCAGUUUCACCCUCCACACCUGGAAAGAAGUGAACUAUCUUGCACUAUUCCCAGAGUCCUGCAAAAGAUGUUUUGACAUAACAGCACUUGCCAUCAUGUUGAUUUUUAGUUCCAUUCAAAGCACAGAAACCAACUCGUACAAGAGAAAUACAAAAUUUCCAGUAAAGGGAAACAUUUUGUGAGGUUCUUUAAAAAGUAUGUAUAACUGAUUGCCACAGGAAAUUAGCUUGAUAGUGUGCUAUUUAAGAUAUAAAAUUUAUGUAUAAACACACCUUUGAAUAUGUUCAUUUGUUGCUGUACAUGUGUAAUGUAUAUCUAGAUAAUUUUUAACUGGCAAAUUUAAAUUGUAUUUUCAUUACUUUGAGAUUUAAGGAGGGUUUUUUUUUAUGUUUACUGGGUUAGGAAAAUAUAAUGGUUGUAUAACUAUGUACAGUUCUUUGGCGUGUACUGCAAAUGCCUUGAAAUUCCAGUUGAAGUAUUUCAAAAUAGAUAAAGAAUUUUCCAUUCUAAACCUGUGGCCUUUUAAAUGUGCUAUGCUUUUUUACUGGGUUUCUAAAAUAUUUUAAUAAUUUUAAAUAAAAUAUUAGUAAGUAA